GGAUCUCAAACUCCGAGCGGUUUUGGGUUUGAGUUGACAUUUCGCCUGAAGAGGGAACCGGAAGAGACGACAGCGCCCUUAUGGCCGGCGGCUGUGAUGCAAGCGUUGGCCAAAUAUGUGUUUCAGUCGGAGAACCUGUUGUGCGGCGGCGAUCACGUCUCGUGGCACUGCUCUCUCGAUAAUAGCGAAUCGCGAAUACAACACAUGCUUAUGACAGAAGACCCGCAAUUGGGACAGACUCUGACCCCAUUUGGUUCCGUCACUUUCAUCCAAAUAGUUGGCGUGUGUUUAGAGGAACUACAGGCCGCCCAACAGUGGAACGGACCCGGAGUUAUAGACUUAAUGAAGUCAGUGUCGGGUGCGGGCGGCCAGUGGUUAGUGACAGAUAUGCGAAGAGGAGAGACCAUCUUUGAACUCGAGCCCGAACUCCAAGAAGCUGUUGACGACGGGAUCGCCACUCAGGGCUCGAACUUGAGUGGAGUGAGCGCUCGAUGCGAUUGGAGUGAAGACUCGGUCUCGAGUGACGACAAACACAGCGAACCCGAGAACGAAGACAACGGCAAUGACUCGGACUCUCAUAAUUCAGAUGAGAAGAUCACGAAUGGAGAGCAUAACAAACGGAAUGGAAUGCUUUCCAGCGCUCAUAAGUACUCCCAAAGCAGAAAUAGUUGCAGUUCUUCGAUGUCUGUCUCUCACGACCAACAAAAUCAAUGCAAUUCGCGAAUGUCUUUUGCCAGCGAAACGGGUGCACCAGAACCGGGAGAACUGAUCCAAACUAAAUACUUAAAGUGCCUUAACUUACGCUUCAAUUUAGAGGCCGGACUUUUGUUGCCAUUAGCUCUCCGUGGUCGACUUAAACACGACCGACACUUCACAUUCAAGAGCAUAAUCGGAGACUUAGCCAUAACUUUGGUGACGCCAUCGGUCUCGGGAUCGUUCGUCUCAUUGAGUGAAAGGUAUGCGAUUCGCGGGCCAUGGCUUCAAGUGCUCAUUCCUAACGAUUACAUCGAUCGCAUGCUAAUAGAUUUGGAUGAGUUG